UCGCAUCGUGCUGAAGAAUGAAUUUCAAUACACAGUUGAUUCUACUCGGUAAGUGUGGCCUGGCGAACCUGCCAACUUGUCAUUCAGCAGGCUGCCGCGCUGUGUGGACCUUCUUUCGGCUGGAGAUAUGAUACAUGCGGAACGAGUCACGUUGGGAUGACCGCGCAUAGGACUCACGGAGGAAGGAGUGUCUGCAAUCUUGAUGGUUGGUACAGCUGGGCUUUGGCAUGACCAACGUCUCGAAUGCCCACAGCCACGCAUUCAAGUCUUGUUCCGAACGAGCGGCCAACACGAAGCGCUGGUUUGGUGUUUGUAUGGCAAGGCGCCAGAUGCUGACUUUGGACGAGCCCCCUCGUUUUCCGCAGUCUGGUCGAAGGAUCUGAAAAUCGCGAAGACUGCAGUGCGACAGAUCGACCUGGUCAUUCAAAACAGGGCGACCUCGCGGGGCGUAGUAGCAGAGCUGGCAGUUGGACGUCAACACCGCUCGGCGCAGGGACCACGACACGGGGUGACCGAACCAACUGAUCUGGCUACCUCGUUUGUACACAAGGCCGCUAUGCACAGCUGAAGUUGGAACGGUUGGAGCGUAGAUAUUCAUGUUGGCUCCAAGCAUACGAUCGAGUUGUGAAGCUCCACAACGUGGGCAGGAUGAGCGAAACGACCGCUUCUGGAUGGAGCAGGUUGACGGCAUCAUGAUCAGAGUGCCCCGUGAAGGAGCAGCAGCCACCAUUUCACCAGCUCUGCGCAACGAAAUCAAUCGAAUUCAGGUCGAUGCGCCGGUUGGAUGUGUAAUCGAACAUCGCAUGUUGGACACAGUAUCGAUGCGCAUCCUGCACCAGUUCCCGUUCGAAAUUGCAUAUGCUCUCC